UGGGCCGGGCCCCAGCCAGCCGCGGGGAUGCUCCGGGCUCCCGAGCCGCGGCCGGGCGAGGCGGAGGCGGCCGGCCGCAGUCCCCGCGCCGCGCCGCCAACGCAGUCCAAGCCGCUCACCUCCUUCCUCAUCCAGGACAUCCUGCGGGACAGCCCCGAGCGGCGCCGCGGCCAAACCGGCCACCCGCAGCCCCCGCCCCGGCGCGACCCUGAGCCGGAGCCCGAGCCCGAGGGAGGAGAAGGCCGCGCCGGGGCGCCGGAGGAGCCGCUGAGCGCCGGGCCCCGCGCAGCCCCGGGGGAGGCCGAGACGCUGGCGGAGUCCGAACCAGAUAGUCACUUUGAGACUUAUCUCUUGGAUUGUGAACACACUUCAGGCGCCUUACCAAGCCUUUCCCAGACCCCCAAGCAGCCUCAGAAGCGGUCCCGAGCUGCCUUCUCCCACACUCAGGUCAUUGAGUUAGAGAGGAAGUUCAGCCAUCAGAAAUACCUGUCUGCCCCUGAAAGGGCUCACCUGGCCAAGAACCUCAAGCUCACUGAGACCCAAGUGAAAAUAUGGUUCCAGAACAGACGCUAUAAGACAAAACGAAAGCAGCUGUCUUCAGAUCUGGGCGACUUAGAGAAGCCCUCCUCCUUGCCAGUCCUGAAGGAGGGGGGCUUCUCUAGGGCCUCCCUGAUCUCCAUGUAUAACAGCUACCCUUACUACCCCUACCUUUACUGCCUGGGCAGCUGGAGCCCUGCUCUCUGGUAACACCAGCUCAGAGGACGACUAUGUGUGAUCAGAAACUGCCUUCCCUGAAGUGUCUCUGUGGAAAACGGAAGUGGCUGAGGUCAGGAAGAGCUGGGGCCCAAGAGAUGUGCAGACCAAAACUGUUGGAGGUUUCUGUGGAAAUCCCAGAUUCUUCACUGAUGGGCCAAUGAGAGAUCUAGGGCAGUGACUAUUUUAAUAUCUGAAUAGUUCCCCCAGUGCCUGCCAUAGAUCAUUGUUGCUUUUAGCUUACUGUUUGAGGAGAGGAAGAGAAAAAUCAAGUGCUGAUUCCAGCACUUUGCUUGACUUUGGAUGAGCUGUGUGCCUUGCUCCUGAGGAUUCCGUUGCUGUGGCUCCAUCCUCCUGGGUAAUUGAUAUCAACUCUGAAAGAGCCAACCUAAGGAGAGAAAGACAGCCAAGAGGAGGAUGUCACCUACUGAAGCAAACUUAAGUUCAAACACCUCUUGUUGGCCUUGGAAUAUGGCCAAGGUUUCUCUCUGUCCCUGUAAAAGUGAGGAAGGUCUCAAUGAAAGAGCCCUCAUGCUCUGGGCAGGUUGGCAUGGGACAUGGGGUGGGGAGGUGAAAAUAUGAGCUUCUUAUUCCUUUUUCAGUAGUAUGCCAAUUUAAGUAUUUACAGGGUGGCCUGAGUAGAACAAGAUGCACUCACUGUGGUUUUUAAGACAAGCUGUAUAAACAGAACUGGACUGGAAGGGGUGGGACUGUGCCAGAAGAACCUCCGCAUGUCCAAGCAGGGGCCUAAGGAGGGUCCUGUUGCCUUUUUUAUUGGCAAAAAGUGGACAGGCCUCUGCCAACCCUUUCUGCCCUAGCUGGAAAAUUUAGAAUGAGAGGUUCCUGGAGUUUUCAGGGUAGAAUUUGUUCCACACUGUAACAGAAGUGACACAAUUUUUUUUGGUAAGGUCCUUCCCUUCCUCCUUUUAUUUUUUUCCCCUUUUCUCCGGCAAUUAACCACUGAAGGGCUUCUUUUCAGUCCAGGCUUUUAGGUUGGCUAUACCUAACAUAGGCCUUCCUUAUUUAGCCCAAGACCUGGUCUGUCUUUUUCUUUUAUCAACCCAGCCUUGAAAAAAAGUAGAGGGGCAGAUUCUGAGUUGGCCAAGAGACAUACGUUUUCUAAACUAGCAAUGCCUAUUUCUUUCCUUUAAAACUGCAUUAAAUCCCAAAUCCUAUUUAAAGGCCUGACAGCUUGAGAAGGUCACUGCCGCAUUUAUCGGACGUUGUGGCUCUGUUGUAACAUUUCAGAGUCUGACACUCCUUGGAAAUCCCUGUAGGCAGAGAAGGUAAGGGCUAAGGCAUUUUCACAUGAAAUCUAGAAUACAGUGCCAGGGGUCCACUAUCACUGAACUGUCCAGUAGAAAUGGAGGGUCCCAGAGAGGGCAGGGAAGAAACAUACUUAGGCCAUAGGCAGCCCUGUCCUCUGAGCAGAAGGAGCUGAUAUACCUUGCAGGAAGGGGCUAAGAAAAAGGAAACCAUUUUCCAAACAACAUUAUUGUGGCUUCCAUUACCAGAUAAACAAACUAUCCACAUGCUUUGGGAACUGUGUUCAGUGGAUCCCCGGAAUGACUUCAGAGAGAACAAGCAGCAAGCAAAAGAGCAAACUAACUGGCUGCCCUCCUGUUUCUUUUGUAUUAUUUCAGGUGACCUGGUAGAGAGAAGACAUCAGGGGAGAAAACCCCCAAAAUAUUGCUAAUGAGAUCCCCUGAGACUGGGAAGUCUCUUGCUCCCACUACUUAAUUCUGUGCAGUGAGAAACCUUUCAAUUUCCUCCUAUUAAAAGGGCCAAUUUACUGUUGGUGGCAAAACUCAUGAAGUGAAUUGAUAGAAAGUUAGCCAGUUUCAUCCCAUCUUGCCAUGGCUUGUGCUCCAAGUUGAAAUGUUCAGUGUCGUGAACUGCCGACCCCCUCCUCAGUACUGGGUGGCUCAGAAUGCAGCGGAGUCCUGAAUGGCUGUCUGCUUUUGACAGCCUCCUAAGCAUGUAGUGAUCCCUCUUUUCUCCACUCUCUGAAUUCUUUCAUCCUGCAGUUCUUCAAGGGUUAAACAUUUUCCUGUGAUGUGUAUUGUGUUGCAAAAAGAAAGUUUGUUUAAAAUUAUUUUGUCUAUUAAUCCAUCAGUCCCCAUUGGAACUAGUCAUUCACCCACACCUGAACUGGUAGAAAUAGUUUAUGAGCCUGCCAGGUGACUAGGACACUCUGUUUCUACCCUGUUCAAUAAAUUAGUUCACAAACACUGCUUCAAUCUGUAACAUAAAGGUCUGUGACUUGAACUUUAGUAAAGUACCCCAAUUGGACAUUAUUUUUCUAUGUAUUUUUUUGCAACAUGAGUGUUUUAAAAAUAA